AAAAGGCAAUGAGGAUGAGGUUCUUGCCAAAGCAAAGAAGAUCGAGCAAUGUCUUCCACAAGUUCACAUCUACUGCUCCAGAAUCUAUCCCUUCGACGGCCUCGUAUCAGCACCACCACCACAUACGCCGCUCCCUACAAAUGCACUCCGUCAAGAAUUCAGGUCUCGGCUGGUUUAUCUAGCAGAAGACAAUCCUUACUUCUACUAACAGCUUCAACUGUACUUACAGCCAUAGAGUUAUCAUCCUCAGGGUCUGCAAACGCACAAGACAUUGGACUUUUUGGAAUAAGGAAGAAAUUGGAGAAAGUAGAGAAAGAAGCAGAAGAGAUUCUUGAAAAUGCAGAGAAGGGAAUUGAAACCGCUGAAGAAGGAGUUGAAAAUGCAGAGAAAGAGCUAGAGUCAGCGGCAACUUCGUUUAGUUUUGGUGGUGGCGUUGGUGGUUUAACUCAGGCCGGGGUUGUUGUAGGUGCCGAGGCUGUUGGAGUUUUGGUUGCAACAUCCAUUGUUAAUGGAAUCCUUGGACCUGAAAGUGCUUAAAAAUUUGCUGUGUGGUGAGUGAUUAAUCACAUUUUGUUUGUUAUUUUCGGAUCAUGAUUAAGAAAUACAAUGUUUUAGUUGUAAUUUACUAUAUAUAUAAUGAAAUUCGUGAAGAUUUGAUGAA